AUGACGUAAUCGGCUCAAUCGCGAGCUAAGAACUUGCGACCCAAGGCCGGCUUCAAGCUUCGAAAUGCGUACUUCAUGCAAGUACAGUUGUAAUAGCAAUCUCAAAUAAGACAACACUAUGCUGUAGCACUUCACUUCCUUAGCAAGUUGAAGAUGCAUUCAGCCAUCGUUCUUUAUCCCUCUUUUAAAGCGCCGCUGCCUUUCGAGCGUCCGUCUCUUGUCUACCUCCUUUUGACAUGCCCAGUUCGACUCAUUCUCUACACCAUUUACCACAUUCAAAACUCUCUCCGCGCCACGCUCUCUCCUGAUACGCAACCUAUACGUAUAGUCUGCAUCUCCGACACCCACGAUCUCCAAAUCACUGACCUCCCGGCUGGUGACAUCCUCAUUCACGCCGGCGACCUCACAAACGAUGGCUCCACGCAAUCCCUACAAACUCAGAUCUCCUGGAUCGCCUCUCUACCAUACCAUCAUAAGAUCGUUAUUGCUGGAAAUCACGAUACCUAUCUCGAUCCACGGACCCGCCCCUCACUGUCCUCGGCACAGCGAAGCGCAAGUCUAGAUUGGAAAGGCAUCCGCUAUCUGCAGCACUCAUCGACGACAAUCACAAUCAAGUCCGCAUCAUCUUUAUCUAGAUCUCUCCGCAUAUAUGGCGCACCUCAAAUUCCUGCCUGUGGGCCGCGUGAGAGCUUCGCUUUCCAAUAUGAGCCUAGGCUUGACGCAUGGUCCGGCACAGUACCCAGCGAUACAGACGUCCUCGUCACGCAUUCCCCACCGCAGCAUCAUCGCGACAUAUCGCUGCCGGAAGGCCUUGGCUGUAGGUAUUUGCUUCGAGAGGUGGCGCGCGUGAGGCCGAUGUUGCAUGUGUUUGGGCAUGUUCACUGGGGUGCGGGGAUGGAGAUGUGUUGGUGGGAUGAGGCUCAGAGGGCGUAUGAGAGGGGUAUGGAGAGAGAGAUUGGGUGGACAAGAGGGCUUCUGGACUUUGGGCUGUGGAUUGAAGUUGUGAGAGUAUUGGCGUAUGGCGUAACGGCGGUGCUGUGGGGACAGGUUUGGGGUGGAGCAGAGGGCAGGGCGACAAAGAUGGUCAACUCAGGUGUCGUGAAGGGUAGUACGGGCACCCUGAGUGGUAGAGUAAGCGUAGUCGACAUCUGAGUAAGGGUCAACUAUUGCGAAAAUCAGGACCCAUGCCUCGACCGUCGUUCCCGAACCGGCAUGCAGCUAGUUGUGUUUGCCUGAACAGUUCGCUGUGCAUAUGACAUUCCCUUAUACAGCCAUAUAAAUUUCUAUGUUCGCCUGUGCGUAUCACUGAGUCAGUCUGCCUCACUCGCGUGCCAAAGUUCGGUCGGAAAUCUCUGCGUUCCACGGUCAUCUCCAAUGAGUACUAACUUUGAACCCACCACCGCCUAUCAUGACUACUCGUAAGUAGAGUACUUCAGUAAUAUGAGCGA